AGGACGUGCCUGACGUUUCUCGGGACGUGUGUAUCUGUCGAAGACAGAAAGAGAGGGAUACGUGAGAGCCCGGGUCGCCUGCUCAUGCUCCUCAUCACACCACGGCCUGUUCACGCGAAUGCCGAACGACUGCCAGUCAUGAUCUCCGCUAAGACGCGAUAUUUUCUACUGAACACACUUUGCCUGCUAUGCAACCUCGUGGUCACAACGUACGCCCGGUCCUGGGACUUGGCCGUGGUGAUCGGUAACGAAAUCGACUUUUUCGCGCGUAACAGUACACGUAUGGGCCAUGCUAGUAUCGGAGAAGCCACUGCCCUGACCGGAGUAACGUACGAUGACACCACUCGAACGAUGUAUUUGUCUGACGUAAGGAACAACGUGUCUAUAUUCAGCAACGACCUCACGGAGAGGAAUUUCACGUCAACGCCCCUAUUGAAGAAAGAGAACGGAAUGCAUGUCGUCGGCGUCGUUUUCGACACGCCGUCGCGCACUCUGUUCUGGGCCGACGCCUUGAAGGAUAUUAUUGCGAAGAUGCACGUACCGGUGAACGGCGAACCAGGCGUUCCUGUCGUUUUGCACAAUCUCACCGGGAGCAGCCCACGUGGCAUCGCCCUCGACGUGUGUAACAGCCGCAUUUACUGGCCAAACAGUAACACCUCAAAUCCCAGUAUCGAAUGUUCUAAUCUUGACGGGAGCAAUCGGAUGAUUGUCAUCAAAGAGAAUCUAUAUGAGCCCUUAGCGGUGGCAAUUGACCACGCGGAACAGAAGCUAUACUGGAUAGAUGAUGUCGAAGGGAUCCAUUUCAAGAUCGAACGCAGCAACUUGGACGGCAGUCAGCGAGAAUUAUUGGUCCAUAAACAGAAUCAACAGCCGAUUUAUCUGGCUGUAGAUAACGAGUCGAUAUACUGGUCUGAUUGGGUAUACAGGGCGGUCUGGACCAUACCAAAAAACAUCAAGGCUGGAGAUCUUCCGUCCAUGUUCAAAUCGUACUACUCCAAAAAGGACGCCGAUCCGGCCGGAAUAGUGACACGCGACAACGUCGGUCAGAUCGAUUGCACGACGAUCCUGUCGAUGAAAGAGGAGAAACCGGACCUGUUGGUGCCUGUUUUACGACCGCAGCCCGAAACGUUCAAUAAUCUAACUACCAGCACGGAGGAAUCGGACUUGACCACCGAGAGCUCCAAAUACUGCCUAAAUGGCCAUCUGAAUAAAACUACUAAUACAUGCCGAUGCAAAAAAGGAUUUACUGGAUCUUUUUGCGAAAUAUCUCUCUGUCACAAUUACUGCCUCCGUGGUAAAUGUACUGUAAACCAUCACGGACUUCCUGAAUGCAAAUGCGCGAACACGUUUAGCGGUGACCGCUGCGAGACAGAUGUUUGCAAUGACUACUGCCUUUACGACGGCGAGUGUUCCGUCCAAGAUGGAAGACCAUUUUGUAGGUGUAAAUAUACCAAAGGGACUCGGUGCGAAGAACCGAGCGACAUCGAGGAGAUCUGCGCGAUUUAUUGCGCAAGCGAUCGCGUUGGAUCACCUAGUAUCAGCGUAACGUCGUGCAGGUGCGCAGAUUCUAAUCAAACGGCCGAAAGAAUUACACUCACCAACAGUUUCCAGAAUGGUAUUCUGUUACCAAUAUUCAUAGCCUUCACUAUUCUAUUUCUUGUAAUGAUCGCCGUACUUAGUUAUUAUAUAAAUAAAUUACGGAGGCGACCACGAAUCAAGAGGCACUAUGUGGUCAGCAAAGGCGUUACGCCGCUCACAUCCCGACCGCAGAUACCGGACAAUCAGUGCGAAAUUACCAUAGAGAAUUGCUGCAACAUGAAUAUCUGCGAGACUCCGUGUUUCGAACCAAAAUUACGAAAUGGUGUGUCAAAGAGCAAUAAUAUGAAAAAGGAAGAGAAGAAUUUCUUGUUGGAUGAUAUGGAAGGUAAUUCGUGCUAGCAUAUGCUGCUCUUGUCUCGUCGCAUGAAAUGGCGAAAACUCUGCACGAACUCUGCACCGCGUCGAAGAGCGUAUUCGCGGGACUGUUCCGCGUCUAUAUAUAAUAUGGCGGCGAACAUUAGUAUUGUUGUUAAGUUUGAAAAUCCGUGUUGAUGGAAUGCGCACGAGCGCGCUAUAUCGACGACGAUUUCACUCCAACUUGGGAAAGGAAGCCAAAGGUCUUUUUAGAAAGUCCUAUUUCUUAGUACGUCAAGUUAGGGCUGUGUUUUAGAACCAUUUUUCACUUUAGUAGUCAUUAAAUUUAUCAUUUGACGAUUUAGACAUUUGUUUUAGCAAUUACAAAGCUGGACUUUACAUUUUUCUAAACCUGCCAAUCGCAAUCCCUCGUGCACAAACAAUAUUAAAGUUUUAAAUA